AUGGCGCCCACCGGACUCCUCAACUCCUUCCUGGCUGCCAUCCAAGCCUCUCUCUCUGUGCUGCUGGUCAUCUUCUACGGAGGGUUGGCAGCCCAUCUGAAGCUGCUCAAUUCGGCCAACACAAAGGCAAUCUCCAAGAUAUGCGUGCGCAUGUUCCUGCCGGCGCUGCUGGUGGUCAAGAUCGGCUCGGAGCUGCACGCAGGCUCGGCCACCCGCUAUCUUAUUGUGUUUAUCUGGGCCAUCAUCUGCCACCUGAUCUCCUUCUUGAUUGGUAUCGUCGCGCAUCUGUGGCUGGGCAUGCCCGACUGGACCACUGUGGCGUUGAUGUUCAACAACACGACCUCCUACCCGUUGCUAUUGAUUGCAGCCCUGGACGAGACGGGGAUCCUGCGUGCACUGCUCGUGACGGACGAGACGACCGACGCGGCCGUCGAGAGAGCCAAGAGCUACUUUCUGGUCUUUGCGACCGUCAGCAGCUGUUUGACUUUUGCGGUAGGGCCGAGAUUGAUCGACACCGAGCAUGCGCCUGAGGAGGACGACGACGACGAGUCGAAGCCCAACGGUGGGCCUCAGCAAGUGCAAGAUGAGCCAUUUGACGCUGUCGAGCGGACGUAUCGCGAUCCCGACGAAGCGGCGGCCAACGAGGAGACGGGUCUGCUGCAAAGCCCAGACACUUACACGAAUCGUCAAUCGACGCUAUCCUUCGCCAGCGUGGCCGCCUACGCCGAAAACUCCUUCUUCCCAUCCGCGCGCCGCUCGUCGUUCAUCGACGGGCAACCACCUCAACCUUCGCGUCGGGCCUCUCUCGCGGUGCCCCUGAACCGCCGCCGCGCGUCAAUCGUGCCCAAGAAGCAUUGGUACAAGCUCGGCCCGCGCGCGAAGUGGUGGCUACUGUUCGUUUCGGAUUUUUUCAACGCGCCCCUCCUGGGAGCCAUCGUGGGUGUGAUCAUCGGCUUGAUCCCGGUGCUGCACCGCGCGUUCUUCAACGACACCUACGAAGGCGGCAUCUUCACCGCCUGGCUGACCGCCUCGCUCAAAAACAUUGGCGGCCUGUUCGUCCCGUUACCCGUGGUCGUCGCGGGGGUGAGCCUCUACACGGCCAUGCAAGAAGCCCGCAAGGCCUCGGCCGAGGGUUCGAAAACGACGCCCAUGCCCUGGCUAACGGUGACGUUUAUUAUGGUGAUCAGGUUUGUGCUGUGGCCCGCCGCGUCCAUCUACUUUAUUUUCUUGGUCGCGAAGAAGUCGACUGUCUUGGGACCCGAUCCUAUGCUGUGGUUUGCAAUGAUGUUGAUGCCAACCGGCCCUCCAGCAAUGAAACUGAUCACGCUCGUCCAAGUCAGCGACGCUGAGGAGGAAGACGAGCGCAACAUCUCGAAACUACUGACGAUAUCCUACCUCAUCUCCCCGAUCCUGAGUUUCACCGUCGUGGGCGGGUUGAGGGCUGCUCAAGCUGCGAUUCCGUCGUGA